CUGUUUGAGUGUAAACAAUGUGGUAAAACAUUUAAACGAUCAUCAACCCUAAGCACACAUCUGCUCAUUCACAGCGAUACCCGACCCUAUCCGUGCGAAUAUUGCGGUAAAAGAUUUCACCAGAAAUCUGAUAUGAAAAAGCACACCUAUAUUCAUACAGGUAAGAAAAAAAAAAUAUAUUACAAAAUGCUUCCUUUUUUGCACUGGAAAAAUAAAAUAUUUGACCCAAAAAAUUGUUCUCAUUUUUUUCUUUUUUACUAUUCUUUUCUUUCUUCUUACUCUAAUUAA